GAGCCUCUUCAUGUUGAAAUUUACACAAAAGAAUUUUGAUAUGAUUAUCAAGUUGAGACCGUUUGUAAGGACAUUUUUGAAAGAAGCAAGUAAAAUGUAUAUAUUACAUGUGUAUACACUGGCUAAUAGGUCUUAUGCAUCGCUAGUUGUGAAUAUACUUGAUCCAAGAAGAGAGUAUAUUAAAGGACGCGUCAUAUCGAGGAAUGAUGUUGCCCAGAAAAAUAGAAAGACCCUUGAUGUUAUCCCAGCACCAGAAAGUGCGAUUUUGAUCCUUGAUGAUACCAAAGAGGUAUGGAGAAAGCAUGAGAGAAAUCUAAUACCCAUAGAAAAAUAUCAUUUUUUCAGUUCAAGUUGUCAAGAUUUCGACCCCGAUUGCAAAUCACAUUCUGAGAUGAAGAGUGAUGAAAGUGAGACUGAAGGAGCUCUUGCAACUAUUCUCAAAGUUCUAGAGAAAAUCCACUUGAUGUUCUUUGAUGAUGAAUCCAAUGGUGACAAGCUGAUUCUAAGGCGGGUGUCGGAAACUAUUCGGAAAAACAUAUUGAAGGGCUGUAAACUUCUAUUUCCCACAAAUUUCAUGACUGAUCAGGAAACGAAUCACCGGCUCUCGGAGGUGGCGAUGCGGUUGGGUGCUACUUGUUCAACAGAAUAUGGUCCAUCAGUGACACAUGUGGUGGCAUGGGAUUUUGGAACAAGAGGGUCUCGUUGGGCAGUGAAAGAGAACAAAUAUUUAGUGCAUCCUGACUGGCUCAAAGCUGCGUAUUUUACAUGGCAUAAGCAUCCUGAAGAAAACUUCCCUGUUACCCAACUAGGCCAACUCCAAGAAUACCUUCCCUAUUUAAUUGAAGAAAUGUUCGCCCUAUGCGUUUUCAGAGAAGUUUACAAGCUUUUCAGCCAAAAUUAUGGAUUCGAUAAGAAAAUGAAAAGAACUUAGAGACAAAUUGGUUUUAUUUUUUUAUUUUUUAUUUGUUUGUUUGUUUAUCAAUGUAUUGGUUUGAUUAUAAACUGGUAAAGUUGGGAAAAUUAGCAGAUCUGUGGCCUUGACAAUAGGUGAUUAA